AUGUCGCAAGCUCUUGAUCUGUCCCUGUUGAAGGGUUCUCCUGAGGAAAGAGAUGCAAUUUCGGCAGCCCUCCUAGACACACUCAAAACGCGUGGAGUGGCCAAGCUAAAGAACCACGGGCUCCCGGAAGAUCUGAUCGCUGAGAUGUUUGACUACACCCGUCGAUUUUUCUCUCUUUCACUAGAGGAUAAGAUGACCGCCAAACAUCCGCCUGAGGCAAACCCCAACCGUGGAUAUAGCUACGUUGGCCAGGAAUCUGUCUCUUCUAUUAGUGGAUAUGAGAAAGGCCUUCCUCAAGGGAAGUCUAUUCGGGAUAUCAAGGAAACUCUCGAUAUGGGCUCCCCACACGACAGCCUUGUUGACAACAUCUGGGUAGCUGAGGAUAAACUUCCCGGCUUCCGCAAAUUCAUGGAGGAUUUCUAUGAAAGCUGCUUCAAGGUCGAGUUAGAGAUUCUCGACGCACUGGCUCAGGCCCUUGAGAUCUCGGCACCAGAUCUGAGACUACUACACAACAAGGCCGAGAAUGAGUUCCGCCUGCUUCAUUACCCAGCCACUUCAGGCACAAUUACCAUGCUGUUCCAAGAUUCCACAGGUGGUCUGCAGGUCGAAGACCAGAAAAAUCUGGGGACCUUCCAUGAUGUCGUCUCAGGUGGCAAGUCGGAGAUCAUUCUGAAUAUCGGCGACUCGCUUCAGCGCCUGACCAAUGACACAUUCAUGGCUGCAUGUCACCGGGUGACCUAUCCGCCCACCGUCAAAGUGGGUUCUGACGUGGUCAUCCCCAAGCGCUAUUCUGUCGCCUAUUUUGCGAAGCCAAACCGUGUCGCUUCCUUGUGCCCAUUGAAGAAGUUCAUCACCCCUGCUACUCCAUGCAAAUAUGAGGAUAUUACGGCCUGGGACUACAACAAUCUGCGGAUCGCCAAGUUGUUCUCCUAA